ACAGAGUUAUUCCGGUACGUCUGUGUUACGAGAGCACCGUGACAGCAACAUGAAGCUUCUACUGGUACUUUGCUUACUUGGAUUGGCAGCAGCAGAUCUUUUGCAAGAUGCUGCUCCUGCCAUUGAUGAAUCUGUGUCAGCAUUCAUGAAAGGUGCUGUUAAAGCUGGAAGUCUAUCAAAAGCACUGGGUGUAGAAGAUCCAACUGUUGACAAAAUCGGAGAAGACAUUGAAACCGAGCUUGGAAAGCAUCUGAAGGAAGCCCUAAAAGAACUGUUGGAAAAAAUAAGAGACCAUGUCGAAAACGGCGAAGGUGCCGCCAAGGAACUUAUUGAGAAGAUCAAAGAACUGCGUGAAAAAAUCAAGGAAAUGGGAGGCGAAAACGGAGAAAAGAUGAAAGAAAUCUUGCAGAAAAUUCGCGCGAAAGUAAAGGAGGUUUUGAGAAAAAUCCUCGAAAGGCUUGGACUUGGCAAAAGAAAUUUGGAUGACACCAUGGAUCAAGUUGCUCGAAUGAAGUUCAGAGAAAUUUUAGACAAAAUAAAGGAAAAGAUUCUUUCUCAAGAAAAUAUUCAGAAAAUUAGAGAAUACAUUAGGAACCUCGCAGGAGAAAGCGAAAUUAUCAAGAAAAUCAAAGAAUUCUUCGAAAGCCUCGAGGACAAAGAUAUCCGUGAAAUCAUCAAGCACUUUCUGGAAUACAAACCAGGGCACAUUCAGAAGAGAGGCGAGGCCUGGGAGAAGCUGAAGGGCUUCUUCAAGGACCUUAACAUCAAACUCCAGGAGCACACCAGGAAUUUCGGAGAGUGGGUCAAGGACAUGUGGGGUAAAGGACUUGACAAGUUGAAGGAAAAGUACGGGACCGUCAAAGCCAUUGCCAUGGAGUUCAUUUCCCAUUCCAAGGACAUGAGUGCAGAAAUGGCGCGCGAAGCCCUCGAAUUCCUGCGUCCGUACAAAGACGAUUUGGGAGCCCUCUGGCAACAGGUGAUUGAAGCUGCAAAAGAAGCCAUUGGACGAUUCUAAAGGGACGGAUGAUGAACAUUCAUUGUGUGUGAUUUCUGUUACUUGCUCUUUGUACAAUAAAUUAUUUGA